AUAACGGCUUUAUUCCAGACUCUCUGUUGGAGGAGGUGAUGAAGGCACUAGACCUCGUCUCAGAACCCGAAUACUAGUAAGUGUGUGUGUGCUCUUGUCCAGCGCCAGUUCCAGCCGCCUUAGCUCAUGUUUCACUGCUGCUGGGUAAAGAGCAGAGAGAACACAGACAGAACCAGAGAGAAAGAACACUAAACGUGCAGAGGGAGCGAGAAAGAGGGCAGGGGAGGAUGGAGGGGGGCAUUAACUACUAGCAGGAAGACUGAGAGGAAAUGCUUUAAAGUGCUUCUUCAAACAAGGUUCUGGUUAUCCCCGCCUUAAGGUCAGCCCAGAUCACACAGUCAUCAGCUGACCUGACCACACCAACCUGGACAGCUUUCACACUGUGGGGACAAGACUGAACAGUUAAGUUACAAUGGCAGAAACGUUAGCUGUUUGCUGAAUAUAACCAUGUUUCUUAGAAAAGACAAGCCGAACACUCUGCGGCUCCGAUGCAAUACAUUUAACGAAUGUUUCGACAGCUAUGCUGCCUUCAUCAGGGUUUCAUCUAUAAUCAUGUUUCUAACUAGCUGGAUAAGUGUGUGUGUGUAUGUAAAUGUGUUUGUUUGUUUAAAAAUGUGCGACUGAUGAGGAUGUGUGUGUCACAAGUUCCCCACAUAAACAAACACUAAACAGCAGGAUGUAAUUGAGGGUUUAGAGUGGGGAAUAAGUCAAUUCAAAGGGCUUUAUUGGCAUGGGAAACAUGUUUACAUUGCCAAAGCAAGUGGAAUAGAUAAUAAACUAAAGUGAAAUAAACAUUGGCAGUAGAAUGGCCUUACUGAUGAGCUCAGUGACUUUCAAUGUUGCACCGUCAUAGGAUGCCACCUUUCCAACAAGUCAGUUCGUCGAAUUACUACCCUGCUAGAGCUGCCCCGGUCAACUGUAAGAGCUGUUAUUGUGAAGUGGAAAUGUCUAGGAGCAACAACGGCUCAGCCGCGAAGUGGUAGGCCACACAAGCUCACAGAACGGGACCGCCGAGUGCUAAAAAUUGUCUGUCCCCGGUUCCAACACUCACUACUGAGUUCCAAACUGCCUCUGGAAGCAACGUCAGCACAAGAACUGUUCGUCGGAUCACCUAAGAUCGCAAUGCCAAGCGUCGGCUGGAGUGGUGUAAAGCUCACCGCCAUUGGACUCUGACGCAGUGGAAACGCGUUCUCUGGACGGGUGACUCACGAAUCACCAUCUUUCAGUCCGACAGACGAAUCUGGUUUUGGCGGAUGCCAGGAGAAUGCUACCUGCCCCAAUGCAUAUUACCAACUGUAAAGUUGGGUGGAGGAGGAAUAAUGGUCUGGGGUUGUUUUUCAUGGUUCGGGCUAGGCCCCUUAGUUCCAGUGGAGGGAAAUCUUAAGGCUACAGCAUGACAAUGCCCCCGUUCACAAAGCAAGGUCGAUACAGAUGGUUUGUCGAGAUCUGUGUGGAAGAACUUGACUGGCCUGCACAGAGCCCUGACCUCAACCCCAUCGAACACCUUUGGGAUUAAUUGGAACGCCGACUGUGAACCAGGCCUAAUCGCCCAACAUCAGUGCCCAACCUCAUUAUGUUCUUGUGGCUGAAUGGAAGCAAGUCCCCGCAGCAAUGUUCCAACAUCUAGUGGAAAGCCUUCCCCAGAAGAGUGGGGCUGUUAUAGCAGCAAAGGGGGGGGCCAACUCCAUAUUAAUGCCCAUGAUUUUGGAAUGAGAUGUUCGACAAGCAGGUGUCCACACUUUUGGUUGUGUAGUUUGUAUUUACAAUGGUGCUUGUGCUUCACUGGUUGCCCUUUUCUUGUGGCAACAUGUCACAAAUCUUGCUGCUGUGAUGGCACACUGUGGUAUUUCACCUAAUCGAUAUGGGAGUUUAUCAAAAUUGAUUUGUUUUUAAAUUAUUUGUAGGCCUGUGUAAUCUGAGGGAAAUAUGUGUCUCUAAUAUGGUCAUACAUUUGGCAGGAGAACAGAACCGUUAUUAUAAAAGCAUGAGAACCGGUUAAUAACAUUAUUUUACUUUCCAGGCAUUUUUUUCUAGUCCCACAACAAAACGCCUAUUCAAAGCCCUCUGUCACUCAGAAACGUAUUCCAGUGUCUGCAUGCAAGCUGAAAAUCUUUGCCUGUGGGUGUUUAGGCUACCUGCCCCUCCCCCUCUGAAGCAUAGGCUACUGACUGUUGCCUACUGACAUUACAUUGGCGCUUGAUUCAGAAGAUAGGGAGAGAUCUUUAAUUAGCUAGAGAAUAAUGGAUUAACUUGUUCAAUGCUAGUUAAGGAUACUAUAGGCCUAGUUAUCACGUUUUUCAUGUUGGAUUUAUUAACUACAAAAUUGUAAGACGUGUUUUUAAUUCUGGUGCCGCUCUGCACACACAAUCUUGUUAGCUAGCUAGCUCAAAGGACAUUUGAAGUUCCUCCAUAGAAGCCGCUCCUCCUAGGUAUAAUUCUGUGGACCUAAUUCAUAUAAUGCAUGUCAUAGCACAAGAUGCCCAGUGCUUCAAGCCUCAUCCUCAACCCUCUCUCGCUCUCUCCCCACCCGCAGAAUGUCAUUCGCAUCUUGCACCGUAGGCUACACUUGUCUGUCCAUCACGCAUGUAAACAACUAGGUUGCCUGCUCUAUCUGCACUGAUUGGUGAAGUAAUUUAAUGAGCGAAAUGUAAAAAACAGUUGAUUUUCACAGGUUAAAAAAGGAACAGAAAGGAACAAUAUACUUUUUAUUUUGUUCAAACCGGUUCAGAACUUUAUUUUGCUGGUCGGGACAGUGGAAUUAAAUGAAGAAAAUAGUGGUUCUGUUCAGAAAUAAACUAUUGGAAAAUAAUUUCGGUUCCAACCCCUGCUGGCAACUGGACCUUUUUUUUGUCACAAUUUUUGUCUUACUGAGAUUCAGUCAGGUAGGCUUGGUAAGGUAUACCGGGGUAUUUGGAAAUAGCCAUGGGACGGUAUUUCAGUACUAUCAAUACCGUUUAAACUAUUUAUUUGAAGUUUUUUUUAAUACAUUUGAAUAUUUGUAGCUACUUUUUGAGUAAAUGCCUGCAGUCAACUUGUGCGAUACGUCAGGGGAUAAAGAUCGUGUUCUUCAUUUCAGCUGUCACAUAAUUUUUCAUUGUAAAGCUUACCGGUAGUCCCCAGUCACGUGGUGUUUGUUUACAAGCACACAACGACGAGAGACCAGAGCUGUUGUGCAGUACAUGCCAUCUAGUUACUGUAUGGAAUUCACUACUAAAUGUUUGCCAACUUAGAUAUCUUAAAGCUAUUUAAGUUAACUAUCUAAAAUGUGCUAAAUGCUCUGUAGUUGUGCAUUUAGUUUGCUAAUUUAGUAGCUAGUUAGCUAUCUAGCUAAGUGAUUAGAUUUUUCCAAAAUCAAGCUUUCGCUUGGUAACAGCCGAGAAUUCCCUCCUGGAUCAAGAGCCUUUCUGUCUAAUAUUAGUUUUUUUCAUGAGGCAAACUGUGAGUAGAAUUUGAGUUACUUGUAUAACUUUAUGAGCUUGGAUGUCUGUCCUGCAAAUAGUUUAGAUCAGAGACUGUAUAAAAUGUUUGCAAUGCGCUCGUUAGCAUUUUGCUAGCAUUCUCUAUGGGAUUUUAGAUUUACUUGUUAGCAUUGCUAACCUUCGGAUUACAGUGGGGUUUGAAAAUAGUGCCCCUUGUGUUCAGUGCUGGUAUUACCGAAUAUCCCGGGAUGGCACAAGGUCGGUAUGACAAUCUGGAUACCUCCCAAGCCUACUGUCAUGGCCCAGGUCUGACAGAAUCUGUGCAGAAGAUAUAGGUGCUGCUGUAGGCUCUCCUUGGUUGGGGACAGAAGCACCAGAUCAUCAGCAAACUAUAGACAUUUGACUUCAGAUUGUAGUAGGGUGAGGCCGGGUGCUGCAGAUUGUUCUAGUGCCCUCGUUGAUGUAUACACAGAGUGUACAAAACAUUAAGAACACCUUCCUAAUAUUGCGUUGCAGCCCCCCUCCCCCUCCCCCCCUUUUGAACUCAGAAAAGAAAAGCCUCAAUUUGUCGGGGCAUGGACUCUACAAGGUGUCAAGUGUUCCACAGGCCCAUGUUGACUCCAAUGCUUCCCACAGUUGUCAAGUUGGCUGGAUGUCCUUUGGGUGGUUGACCAUUCUUGAUACACACGGGAAACCGUUGAGCGUGAAAAACCCUGCAGCGUCGCAGUUCUUGACACAAACCGGUACGCUUGGCACCUAUUGCCAUACCUCGUUCAAAGGAACUUAAUUAUUUUCUCUUCCCCGUUCACCCUCUAAAACAAACAUACACAAUCCAUGUCUGAAAUGUUCUCGAGGCUUAAAAAUCCUCCUUUAACCUGUCUCCUCCCUUUCAUCUACACUGAUUUGAAAUGGAUUUAACAAGUGACAUUAAUAAGGGAUCAUAGCUUUCACCUGGAUUCACCUGGUCAGUCUGUCAUGGAAAGAGCAUAAUGGUUUGUAUACUCGGUGUAUGUUGGAGGGUGGGGCUCAAACUGCAUCACUGUCUCACCCCACGGCCCUUAGGAAAGAAAUCUGUGUUUUUUUUGCCAAUUUUAACUCCACACUUGUUUGUGUACAUGGAUUUUAUAAUGCCGUAUGUUUUCCCCCCCAACACUGCUUUCUAUCAAUUUAUAUAGCAGACCCUCAUGACAAAUUAAGUCAAAAGCUUUUUUGAAAUCAAUAAAGCAUGAUAAUACUUUGCUUUCUGUUUGUUUGUUAAUUAGGGUGUCUAGGGUGAAUACCUGGUCUGUCGUAGGGUAACUUGGUAAAAAGCCAAUUGGACAUUUGCUCAGGACGUUGUUUUCACAGAGGAAAUGUAGGAGUCUGCUGUUAAUGAUAAUGCAGAGGAAUAUUUCCCUGACCGCAACAUCAGAUGACACACACACAGUGUAACUGGGUUACCAGCCUCUGUGUCUGGGCAUGUAACACUCUUAUUUCUGCCUUAAAAGGGAAACGUGUCUCUGUUUUAUCACUGGAAUAAGAAUAAUAUUACUGCUCUAACACACAGGAAUGUCUAGUGGUAUAUUUAGUAUCACAGCACUAUUUCUGCACACAUACACACACCAGAACUCAUCAUCAGACGAGGUUAUCGUACAUUUCUCCAGGGUUCGCUUUCUUACACAGAAUCUUUUAGACAUGACACAUUUAUACCUCACCGACAGCCCUUCUCACUACCACCCCCUCCCUCCUCACCUGCACCCCUUCUCCUCUCACCUCCACCAAUUUGCCCUCCCUCAACUCCACCACUUUGCCCUCCCUCCUCACCUCCACCCCUCGCCCUCCCUCCUCACCUGCACCCCUUGCUCCUCACCACUCCCUCCCUCAAUCCUCAACCUCCACCCUCUUGCCCUCCUCCUAACCAUCCACCUCCUCUCCUCCUCCAACCCCUUGCCUCCUCUCACACCAACCUCGCCCUCCCUCCUCACCUCCACCCUUUGCACCCUCAACCCCUUCGCACUCUCCUCACAUCCACCCCUGCCUCCCUCUCCCUCCCCCUAGCCCCUCUCACCUCACCUCUCACCUCCCCACCCCCUCCCUGCCCCUCUCCUCACUCCACCCCUUCUCCUCUCGUCACAUCCCCCUGCCCUCCCUCCUCACCUCCACCCCUUCGCCCUCCCUCCUCACCUCAACCCUGCCCUCCCUCCUACCUUCCACCCUUCUCCUCAACUCACGCCUUCUCCUCUCUUCACAUCUAACCUGCCCUCCCCCUUCACCUCCACCCCUCGCCCUCCCUCCUCACCUCAACCCCUCCCUCCUCACUUCCACCCCUUCUCCUCUCACCUCACCCCCUCCCUCCUCACCACUCCUUUCCCUCCUCCUCACCUCCACCCUUUCCCUUCCUCUAUCUCUCUCCCAAUGUCCCUUCUCACUACCCCAUUUCUCUCCUCCUUCUCUCCCUCCAGUGGAUGCAAGUUUUAUCAUUGCUUUAAAACUGGGCCAAUUUAGGAUUUCUGAAGAAUUGGAGGCAUGUCUCAUUGCUGUGCUUAGACUAUACUGCCCUACCAAGCAAAAAGGCGGUAACUGCUCAUAGCGUGGAACUGAGAAAAAUGGCUUUUAUUUACCUUGGUUUCACAGUAACCUUAUGUUACUGCUAACAUUACCCCCAUUUUCUCCAAAACAAAACACAAUACAAUAGAGGCAGGAUACCACAUGAUUAAGCAUGUAUUUAAUGUAGCAAAAAUGCCUUUUGCUUGGUAGGGCAGUAUAAGAUCAUGUUGAAAUGAUGGGGCGGCAGGUAGCUUAGUGGUUAAGAGCGUUGUGCCAGUAACCGAAAGGUCGCUGGUUCUAAUCCCCGAGCCGACUAGGUGAAAAAUCUGUCGAUGUGCCCUUGAGCAAGGCACUUAACCCUAAUUGCUCCUGUAAGUCGCUCUGGAUAAGAGCGUCUGCUAAAUGACUAAAAUGUAAAUGUAAAUGUUGAAAUGUCUGACAAACCUAACUCUUUCUUCCCUCUCCUCUCUCCCUCCUUCCCUUUCUCUCUCUCCCUCCUUCCCUUUCUCUCUCUUCCUCUCUCCCUUUCUCUCUCUCCCUCUCUCCCUUUCUCUCUCUCCCUCCCUCGCUCCCUCUCCAGUGUGAGUCUGAUGAAGAGUAAGUUGGAUCCAGAGGGCUUGGGGAUCGUGCUGCUGGCUCCUUUCCUCCUGGAGUUCUUCCCUGAUCAGGUAACUGAAGAGGAGCUGAGAUACUUCAAAGCUGAAGCAACAUCCAUAAAACAUACUGCUAGGACAAAUGAACGAAAAAUAUCUUUGGUGUAUGCGUGUACAUGCAUGCGUGCAUGAGAGCUUCCGUUUUGUUGGUGGCUUGUGGCUGACGAUGGAUAUGAAUUUGUUGAGUCAACUUUUACAGCAAUGAAAUUGUGACCGAAAUGUAUAAAUAUAAAUGUACACAAACCCCUGUUCAGACAGGGACUCAAUGGCAGGGAACCAUGGCUUUAGAGUGGGGGAGCAGGAGGCAAAGAGAAAGAAAGUUGGGGUGGGGGGACAGAGAGAAGAGCGGGAAGUGUGUUAAAGUGAUCAGGGCUUCGGGGACUCACCAGAGGAAUGGCCCUCGGCCACAAAGAAAUUAUACUGCCAUUAGCCAACUGGACACACAGACACAAAGACUGGGGUUAUGGUUUCACAUAAACACACUCCCACAGUCUAUUAGCAUUCUGGAACGUCCCGCCAAAGUGUUUGGCUCUGUGUCAUUAUUGACUGGUUUCUAAUAUAGGCUGUUCUGUGGGAUUGGGGUUAGGGUUUCACAAACGUGCGCGCGCACACACACGUACGUGGGUUUGGGGUUAUGGAUAGGGUUUCAGGCUAAAGUAUGCUGAAUUGUCUGUGGGUUAGAGAAUGUUCUCUAGUCAAACUGUGGGUUCCGAUACACACAUCUUCCAGAGCAGAGUCAUCGACACACACACAUCCCAGAGAUUACUCCAUGAUUGUUAACUGGUGUAUAUUGUGUGUUUUCAGGAUACUGGAAUCCCAGACUCCUUCCCUGUCUACCACUACAAUGGCCUGAAACAGUCCAACCACAACGAGAGGGUAAGAUAUACGCACACCUCUAAAACGGCCUGCAACUGUCACACCACUAUGAGAAUGUAAGGUGUGUGCAUACUGACAGUGUGUGUGUUGUCUCUUUGUGUCAGGUGGAGUAUGUGCUGGGUACAGCCUUGGUCCUGGGCUUUGAGGAUCCCAUGGUGAGGACAGACGACACUCCAGUGAAACGCUGCCUCCAGACCAAGUGGCCCUACAUAGAACUGCUGUGGACUACUGAACGCUCUCCUUCACUUAAC